CAACAGCACCACACAAAUAAAACACUUGCUCAGCACAGUUUGUCCCUUCAUUCUGCUUGCAACUUUGCCCUCUGAGGGGCGCUGUGGGGCUGUCUCCUGGUGGGCGGGGCCUGUGUGUAUAAAAGCGCAGGGAACACAUGCUGAUCCACAAGUGACCUGACAUGGAUCAAAUGCUCUCAUACCAGAACUCCACUGGACCACAUGACUGGACCCAGAUCCAGGAAGUGGUCCAGUGGGCCCAGAUGCUCAUGGCUCUGCUCAGUGCGCUAGGCUCCGCCUCCAUCAUCGCCUGCAUGGCGUCACAGCGACCAGACGGGAGCACCGCUGAGCUGCAGGCGCCGCUGCUGCUUGCUGCCUCCGACCUGCUGCUCGCCCUCUGCUGGCUGCUAGGGGGCGCCCUGGGGUCUCAGCGCUGCCUCGUCCGGGACCACCUGCACAUGGCCCGGCAGGUUGUGUGCAUGGCGUCCUUCUUCUACACUCUUAACUACGUGUGGAGCGUCUACGCCAACCUGCGCCUCAGGUUCUCCUUCGGCCCACAGCAACACCUUGGACAGAGAGUCCCGGCCGCCAAGAUGACGGCACUGCUUUGUGGCGUGCUUCCGGUGAUCCUGAUGGCGCCCGUGUUCAUCCGAGGAAGCGUGGGCCGGUGCGCCGCCAACUGCAGCGACUUGUACAGGUGAGACGUCUGCAGUCAAAUCAGCGGCGGCAUGUUGCUAACAUUUGAUUGCCCCGGACGAACACAGGGGCCGCUGAUGCUUCCUGUCGCCGCUUGGCAGCCGGUCAGAGCCUGCCUCGUGCUGCGCGUCUACUCCGGCGCCAUCUUCCUCGCCGCGUUCUUCCUUACGUUGGUUGGCACGAUGAUGAUCAUGGGAAAAGCUCGUCAUUUUUACCGGCGAGUCGUGAUGUCAUAUGGUUACCUCGGCAACCAGCAGCGGGCCUCCUUCCGUUCGCUGGACUUUCGGAUGCUGGCGUUCCCGCUCGUCUUCGCCCUCUGCUGGGGACCCGAGGCGUGUCUGGUGAUGAUGUCAUUGAGGAACGCGAGCUCGGCCGCUGCGGUCGUCUACGUCAUUCAGGCCUUCACGUCGCCGUCCCAGGGCGUCGUCCAUAGCGUGAUGCUGGCGUGCGCCCGCACGCAGAGGAGGGGCCGGCUGGCGUGGCGGGACGCCGACACUCAGACGCCGUUGCUGCGAGCGCAGAAGAGAAACUACCGCACCUGUCUGUGAUGUCAUCACUUCCACUUUGAGUGGGCAGGGGAUGCCCGCUGAAAAAAGGAAGUACGCCGCAGGAAAGGAGAAGUGGACAAAGGUCACAUGAGACCGAAAUGUUUGGAAAGUUCUAGAAGAACCAGGUGACUCAUCACGGUAAUAAAGGGUGGGUUUCGAGGAGGAAGUGAGACACGAUGUCACCGGAUCCGUUUGCGUCGGUACCUGCACCAUCCUGAGCGCCGGCAGAGCACGAGCCAAUAGUGGCGUGACAGAAGGACACGCCCCUCCAAACAGCAAGCGAUACUUAGGCCCCACCCACAUGGCAUCAAACAAAGCUUUGAGGGCGGCCGAGGCGUCACACUGCAUGACAACAACAGCAGAAGCCGUCAUGGCGCGUGUUUAGCGUUGACCAACAUAUCCCAUCAUGCAUCUGGGCUCCUGAGCGGGUCAGCAUGACAUCAUCGGAACCAACCUGCAAGUCCACGUUGUGGAGUUGAAGCUCGUAGUUUCCCAGAGGCGGGGCUUGCUUCUUCAGGUCCCGCAGGGCCUGCUGGACGGUCCCGUUGACCCCGCCCCCGUGACCCGCGGGCCUCAUCCACAGGACAGGAAGUGGGUGACGGACGCGGGCCGCCACCGGGCCCAGCAGCAGGAAGUAGAAGAGCAGACAGCGGAGACCAGGCGACAUGGCGAACGUGUCCACGCCGUCCCUAAUUAAAAAUGUCGAGCAAAGCGAGACCAGCUUGCUAGUUGUGGGGAGGCGGGGCCGGCGGACCGACGGCGCCCGCUCCAAGAUGGCGGCGAGGAGGCGUGGACAAGUGAGCGGCAAGGCGGGGCGCACUGGGAGCAACGCCGCAAUCAGCAUAAGGUGCGUGGAGCGCGCAGCUGUGGACAGUGCAAUCACCCUCUCGGACCAUAUAAAAGGGUGAGAGACGUGAUCAUCAAGGGAGGAGAUGGAGAAAGACGGCGGA